ACACCCGAUCUCAUUUUCCUCUGCCAUGGAACCCCAGCGUGCUUUCUCAUCCUACCGAAAGCGUUUUGGGACACCGGGCGGCUCCCCGUCCGUGGGGAUCAGCAGCCGCCACAGCACGGGCCGCCUGUCCCUCCACAGCAGCCCGCGCCACCUCACCUCCAGCCCAGCCACCCUGUCCACCUCACGCUUGUCCCUGGGCGGGGAGCGGCUGGACUUCUCGGCGGACUCCCUGCUGAAGGCCCAGUACCGGGAGACACGCACCAAUGAGAAGGUGGAGAUGAUGGGGCUGAACGACCGCUUCGCCAGCUACAUCGAGAAAGUGCGCUUCCUGGAGCAGCAGAACAAGAUGCUGGUGGCAGAGCUGAACCAGCUGAGGGGGAAGGAGCCCAGCCGUCUGGGGGACAUCUACCAGGAGGAGCUGAGGGAGCUCCGCAGACAGGUGGACGGCCUCAACGCUGGGAAGGCCAGAAUGGAGAUAGAAAGAGACAACCUGGCCUCAGACCUGGCCACUCUUAAACAGAGACUUCAAGAUGAAACUGCCCUACGGCAAGACGCAGAAAAUAACCUUAACACCUUCAGACAAGAAGUGGAUGAAGCGGCUCUGAACCGCGUACAGCUGGAGAGGAAGAUUGAUGCUCUGCAGGAUGAGAUCAAUUUCCUGAAGAAGGUCCAUGAGGAGGAGAUGAGGGAGCUGCAGGAGCAGCUGAUGGCCCAACAGGUUCAUGUGGAUCUGGAUGUGUCUAAGCCAGACUUAACCACUGCCCUGAAGGAGAUCAGAGCUCAGUUUGAGGCCAUGGCCACCUCCAAUAUGCAGGAGACUGAGGAGUGGUAUCGCUCAAAGUUUGCUGAUCUGACUGAUGCAGCCAAUCGAAAUGGAGAGGCUCUGAGGCAAGCUAAGCAGGAGGCCAAUGAGUAUCGUCGGCAGAUUCAGGGCCUGACCUGUGACCUGGAAUCUCUUCGUGGGUCUAACGAGUCCCUGGAGCGUCAGCUGCGAGAGCUGGAGGAACGUUUCGCCAUAGAGACGGCCGGUUACCAGGACACUGUGGCUCGUCUGGAGGAUGAGAUCCAGAUGCUGAAGGAAGAGAUGGCCAGACACUUGCAGGAGUACCAGGACCUUCUCAAUGUAAAACUGGCCCUGGACAUUGAAAUUGCCACCUACAGGAAGCUACUCGAAGGAGAAGAAAGCAGAAUCACUGUUCCGGUGCAGAACUUCACCAACUUACAGUUUAGAGACACCAGCAUGGAUACUAGGCUGACUCCUGAGGCACAUGUGAAGAGGAGUAUAGUUGUGCGAACUGUGGAGACUCGUGACGGGGAGAUCAUUAAAGAGUCCACUACGGAGAGGAAGGAUCUGCCGUAAUUAGUCACUGGACACUGGAUCGGCUGCAACUGAAGAGCUCCUUCACUAAUGCUGCGAUCAAAUGUGAUUUCUUGUCAACUUUCCCCGCUUAUUUUCUCCUAGUGUAUAUAGUUCCUGGGAACUAUAUUCAAUUACAUUAGCAACAAUAAGCGAUACAUAACUACGUUUUGAUCUCUGUCUCUUCCUGGGCUUCUCUCUUUACAGUAUCUGUCUCUUUUGUGGCGAAGAGUAUUAGCAUGACAUUAGACUAGUUUAUCGCCGAUUGUGCCAUAAAUAGUCAUGGUUGGAAAGAUGAAAGUAGAAAGUAGAACAAAAUGUUUCUAGUGGUCAGAGCGAGUACAUGGGGAUUGUAGUUUUUUGUCAAGCACAAACUGUAGAGAUUUAAUUCUGAAAUGUAUUGUAGUCAUUAAGAAUGAAGAAGAGCAGGUUUGGAACCGGUAGUUUUUUAAUCUGAAUGGUCAGUGUUAAAGUAAGGCAGAAGGGAACUAUAACAGCAAGAUCUUUGUGAGAGUUUUAAAUGGAUGAUGGAUUGUGUCAGCGGUGCUAUGAACAUUUUUCCUCCUUCACUGUGUGUGCACAAUGUUUUUGCACAGUCGCUAACUCAUCUCUUUGAACCCAGGAUAAAAUUGCUUUUUGACUUGACUGACCUAUAGAAAACAUAUUAAUUGUACAUUUUAAUCAACAACAACAACAACAACAAAAAAACAUCAUCUUACUGAACUCAUUAUAAACAUCUGACAUAGUGUUACCCAUCAUAUAAACAGAUGAAUUAAUGGAAUUUUGCUACUGAUGCCUUUUCUAUUGUUUUAAGAUGCAGCCAUAUUUACCAUUACUCUGUAAAAUUUUGCAGGCAAAAUCCAGUCAUUCCAAUAGGAAUACACGUGAUUGGGAGAUUCGAAUGAGGGCGAAAAAGUUUCCCAUGCAUAUUAUGUUCAUGUUUGUGAAUUAGCUGCUCUGACCAACAAAAAGCUGCUCGGUUUGACUUCUGUGUAACAUUUAUUGAUAAUGGACCUUUUUUUUUUGCAUGCAAAAUCUAGCCGCAGUCUGAUCGCACCUUUACUGUGAGAUAAUACUGCUAAGUAACACUGAACUAUGUUUUCAAAUGAAGAGGACUAACUUUCACAUUACUCUUGCAUACUGAAAUGGACGUCACUGUAUUGUGGUGGCUAACAUUAAUAGUAAUAAAAAAAUUAAAAAAAAUA